GGGGGAUUUGGAAGCAGCGGAAGCAGGAGCCCGAAGGGUGUGUGUUGAGAAAAGCCGGGUGCUCAGGGGCACGAUUGUUUUGCGGAUUCCGUAAUCCGCCCAUCCUUUUCCCCUUUCCCCCGUCCCCACCGCCCCUGUCGCGUCCGGGCUGCGCUUUAUUUCCUCGCGGAGGCAGAUUCAACACUAACCUUGCACAAUGUCCUUGAAACCAAGAGUAGUAGAUUUUGAUGAAACAUGGAACAAACUUUUAACUACUAUCAAAGCUGUUGUCAUGUUGGAAUACGUCGAAAGAGCAACAUGGAAUGAUCGCUUCUCAGAUAUCUAUGCUUUAUGUGUGGCCUAUCCUGAACCCCUUGGAGAAAGACUUUAUACAGAAACUAAGAUUUUUUUGGAAAAUCACGUUCGGCAUUUGCACAAGACAGUUCUGGAGUCUGAAGAACAAGUGCUUGUUAUGUAUCAUAGGUAUUGGGAAGAAUAUAGCAAGGGUGCAGACUAUAUGGACUGCUUAUAUAGGUAUCUCAACACCCAGUUUAUUAAAAAGAAUAAAUUGACAGAAGCUGACCUUCAGUACGGCUAUGGUGGUGUAGAUAUGAAUGAACCACUUAUGGAAAUAGGAGAGCUAGCAUUGGAUAUGUGGAGGAAAUUGAUGGUGGAACCACUUCAGACCAUUCUUAUACGAAUGCUGCUCCGAGAAAUCAAAAAUGAUCGUGGUGGAGAAGACCCAAACCAGAAAGUAAUCCAUGGGGUUAUUGACUCCUUUGUUCAUGUUGAACAGUAUAAGAAAAAAUUCCCCUUAAAGUUUUAUCAGGAAAUAUUUGAGUCCCCCUUUCUGACUGAAACAGGAGAGUAUUAUAAACAAGAAGCUUCAAAUUUAUUACAAGAAUCAAACUGCUCACAGUAUAUGGAAAAGGUUCUAGGUAGAUUAAAAGAUGAAGAAAUUCGAUGUCGAAAAUACUUAAAUGCAAGUUCAUAUACUAAAGUGAUCCAUGAAUGUCAACAACGAAUGGUAGCAGACCACUUACAGUUCUUACACGCAGAAUGUCACAAUAUCAUUCGACAAGAGAAGAAGAAUGACAUGGCAAAUAUGUAUGUCUUACUCCGUGCUGUGUCCACUGGUUUACCUCAUAUGAUUCAGGAGCUGCAAAACCAUAUCCAUGAUGAGGGCCUUAGAGCAACCAGUAACCUUACUCAGGAAAAUAUGCCAACUCUAUUUGUGGAAUCAGUUUUGGAAGUACAUGGUAAAUUUGUUCAACUUAUUAACACUGUUUUGAAUGGUGAUCAGCACUUUAUGAGUGCACUGGAUAAGGCCCUUACAUCAGUUGUAAAUUACAGAGAACCCAAGUCUGUUUGCAAAGCACCUGAACUGCUUGCUAAGUACUGUGACAACUUACUAAAGAAAUCAGCAAAAGGGAUGACGGAGAAUGAAGUGGAAGACAAACUCACAAGCUUCAUCACUGUUUUCAAAUAUAUUGAUGAUAAAGAUGUUUUUCAAAAGUUCUACGCAAGAAUGCUGGCAAAACGUCUAAUUCAUGGGUUAUCUAUGUCUAUGGAUUCUGAAGAAGCCAUGAUCAAUAAACUAAAGCAAGCCUGUGGUUAUGAGUUUACCAGCAAGCUACAUCGGAUGUAUACAGAUAUGAGCGUCAGUGCUGAUCUCAACAAUAAGUUCAACAAUUUUAUCAAAAAUCAAGACACAGUAAUAGAUUUGGGAAUUAGUUUUCAAAUAUAUGUUCUACAGGCUGGUGCAUGGCCUCUAACUCAGGCUCCUUCAUCCACAUUUGCGAUUCCCCAGGAAUUAGAGAAAAGUGUACAGAUGUUUGAAUUAUUUUACAGCCAGCAUUUCAGUGGAAGGAAACUGACAUGGUUACAUUAUCUGUGUACAGGUGAAGUUAAAAUGAACUAUUUGGGCAAACCAUAUGUAGCCAUGGUCACAACAUACCAAAUGGCAGUCCUUCUUGCCUUUAACAACAGUGAAAUUGUCAGCUAUAAAGAGCUUCAAGACAGCACUCAGAUGAAUGAAAAGGAACUGACAAAAACAAUCAAAUCAUUGCUUGAUGUGAAAAUGAUUAACCAUGAUUCAGAAAAGGAAGACAUCGAUGCAGAAUCUUCAUUUUCAUUAAAUAUGAACUUUAGCAGUAAAAGAACAAAAUUUAAAAUCACCACAUCUAUGCAGAAAGACACUCCACAGGAAAUGGAGCAGACUAGAAGUGCGGUUGAUGAGGACCGGAAAAUGUAUCUCCAAGCUGCUAUAGUUCGUAUCAUGAAAGCACGGAAAGUGCUUCGGCACAAUGCUCUUAUUCAAGAGGUGAUUAGCCAGUCAAGAGCUAGGUUUAAUCCCAGUAUCAGCAUGAUUAAGAAGUGUAUUGAAGUUCUGAUAGACAAACAGUACAUCGAACGCAGCCAAGCCUCGGCAGAUGAGUACAGCUACGUCGCGUGAUGUCACUCUCCUCCGGUGUGAGUGUGAGACGGUCAUCGCCAUCACCAUUUGGGGUGUUCCUGUGGGAAGAAGCAGGCCUGUGCCUCCCUAAUUUGGUCAUUCGGCAGCCCCUGUUUUUCUGCUGUUUACAACAUCACCAGUGCCACGUCAUGAGCGUCAAAGAAAAUGCCUAGAGAUACUUCAAGCUCAUGUCAUUGUGACAUUUCUUAAAACUUUAUUAAAAGAGUGAGUGAAGUAUUGCUGAAAUGUGGAAAUUUGGUUGGGUACCAUGCUUUUAUCCCUCUUCACGUUUGCAGUUGAUGUGUUUUUUUUUUUUUUUAAUGUAUCUUAAAGGACAUAAAAUAAAAAAUCUUAAAUAUUGUAAUAUGACAGAUAACCUAAUAAUUGUAUCUACAUCAAAAUGACAAACAUGAUAUUGCUGCUUGUCAAAUAAAAAAAA